UCCUGCUGGAGCAAACUGUAGAAUUACUUCCUCGAGCAAAAAACCCACGUCCCAGGAUUUGUGAAGCGGUUUAUAAAAGAAGCAACGGUAAACCAGAAUUUUGGCGGGAGACGAAGCUCAAUUAAUUUGAGGCCUUUUUUUGUGCCCUAAUUUGUUGAACAAAUGAAGAAGACAGAGUGAGAAUGUCCAUUUUAAUGGUGGGAGGUCACUUUGGUUUCAGUUUCUUCUUCAUUUUUGCCCUGAUUUUUCUUUCUUCUCUCUUUGACAUCAGAGCUCAAGGGCCUUCAGUUAAUACUAUAAAGAAGCUUUCCAACCCUCUUGUUGGUGAUGAUGGAAGAGUUUACACAUGUAUGGAAAAUAACUUUAUUGCAUUCGAAAGCAAUGGUUCCGUUGCAUGGACAACUCGGCUUAAUCAUACUUGCCAUGAGGAUUUAUCUCCGGUUCGUGAUGCUACAGGAAAGAUAUAUGUGGUUGCCGAAAAUCAGGUUGUGGUAAUUAGCCCCCCAAGCAAUAGGACCUCCCAAACCUUUGCAGAAGAUUUUUUUAAUGAUGAGCAGUCGUCAAAUGAGAUAAUUGGGCUUGCAAUAAGUUUUUGGGGUUCAUCUUUAUUUAUUAAUAUAAAAAUGCUUGGUCUUUUUGCAUUCAUGAUUGAUGGCACCUCUCUGUGGAGUGUUGGACCUGUGUUGCAUCAAUCAGGUUAUCCUCAAGGCUGCAAAAGCAAUGAGACAUCUUGCUAUUUUGCCUCAACCCCUGUUGUUGAUCAAUGUGAAGGAAGUGUUUAUAUCACAAAUUCAGAAGGACAAGUGUAUUCCUUUUCUGCUUUGAAGCCAUACAUCAAUUGGAUCCAAGAUUUUAGCACUAUAGACAAACUUAUCACUGUAACAUCUGGAAACAAUGGUCGUGUAUAUCUUGCAUUCCCAAGAAGGGCAAUUUUGAUGGCAUUGGAUGCUACUAAUGGAUACAUUUUAUGGGAAGAAACAAUUGGUCCAUUAAGAACCCAGGAUUGCUCUCCUGUUGUCGAUUCUUCAGGGUGGGUGUCUAUUGGCUCACUGGAUGGAUUUGUGUACGUUGUAUCACCAACUGGUGUUAUCAAGAAGCAUCUAGAAGAAACUGCCCCUAAUGCAGUGGUUCAAGUGAAUCCUAUCCUUGAUUGCUCUGGACGUGCAGUUUAUGUUGCACAAUUAAGAACUAAGUCAAAGAAAGAACACAACAUUGGUGGAUCUACUUAUACAUCGGCUUUGCAGCCUGUAAAGCUGGUGUUUAGUAAACUUCUUCCAGCUACUGGAAAGGUUUAUUUCACAGCAGAGUAUCCUGGUCAUAUAUCAUCGUUAUGGUCUGAUAGCUACUUAAGGCACUUUUUGCUGGAUGCAAGGGUUCUUCUUGCUUUUGUAUCUUCGGCCAAUAUCGGCAACCCAUUUCCAUGCAAGUCUUCAUAUGAAAAGCUUAUGUGGGGAUGUUCUCAUGCUAAACCAAACACACUGAAGAUUGCUUUCCUAGGCAAUGAGAAGAAGACACUUAUCUUUCUAGGCUUUCAGUUUUGUGUCGUUAUAGUACUUGCUGGGUGUGUCUGGUUCUGUUGCACAUUUUGGAACAAACAAAAAUUGAAGAAGCAGGGCCUAGGAGGUUUCCUUGAAAAGAGACGCUCUCUCCACUUGAGAAAGAAGAUGUGUGAUAGGAUGAUAUCAGACUUGGAGAAGAAGAUGGAUGAGGAAGGUGUGGAGGAAGAACAAGUGAUGGACAAGUUAGGAGAAACCAUUGCUGAAAGGGAGACAAUAGAAGAGAAGUUAUCAACAACAUAUAGCUUGGGAAGAGACACAAGUGGGCGUAGUAAUAAGGUUGUUGACAAAGAUGAGAAGGGCUACACUUGGUCUCAAAGAAGGGACCAGUCCAUGUCCAUGUUUCAUACAGUGAGUGCGACUUCUUCUUCAUCAGAGAAGAAUGAACCAUUGGUUGAAGAAGAAGAAAGCCAAGAUGAAUGGAGAUCCUUUCCUCUUUGGUAUGAUGUUGGUGACAAGGGAUCAGCGGUGAAAGGCAAGGCACCUGUAAAGCUGCAGUAGCUCGUAGCUUCAGCAAAAAUAUGGACAUUUACGACCAGGAUAUUCAUCUUCAACCUCUACAAACGCAAGUUCUUGGUGUUCUGGUCUAUUAACUUCCUUCCUGAUUUUUUUUUAAUUUACUUGAAUCAAAUUGUGCCACACAUUUUCUGACAUCGUAUCCAAUUUGUAGCAUAUCUGAUGCCUUCCUUAUUGUCGUUUAGAGUUAUGUGAGAUUUACUGGAAACAUUGUGAUUAGACUGUCUUCAGUAUUCAACCACUGUCCUUUACAACAAUUAGAGAUGCUUAAAAUCUAUAGUUCACAAAUUUCUUGUUGGAAAAGUAAUCUGCAGAAGUGAUAGGCAGGAAACUAACCUGGAAAGGAUAAAAAAAAUACCACAGCUUUGUGUUUUUGCUCUUUCUCCUCUUUUUCUCACUGCAAGCACUCUCCAAGUUCUCUUCUCUGCCUCUGUGCAUCUUCAAUGCACUUCAGCUUUCUCUCUUUUUCUCUCCUUUCAUCUUCUUCUCUCUGCCGUUUUUGGCAGCUGCUUCAACUUCCCUUCUCUAUCUAUCCUCCUCUAGCUUCUUUAGUUUCUCCUCCUCCAUUUUGUGAUUCUUCUGCUCAAUCUUUGCCGUUUCUUGCUUAGCAGCUUCUUUCCUCAAUUUACGCUCAUUUGCCUUCAGUUCUUCAAACCGUUUUGCAGCGUUUAGAGCCUUCACUUUAAUGUCCUUGAACAAAUUAAGAGCCUUUUCUUGCAACAUUAUCCAGUACAUUCAAUGUGGAUUAUCCAUAAACUUAAGGUAGAUGGCCCUAAAUUAUCAUGCUUACAAAAAAAAAGUUCGAGCUCAGGUUCUAGCAUGAAACAUUGCCACAAAAACUAUUACCAAGGUUCUUAACUGACAGCCCCAUCAACAAUCCAAAUUGGGAGACAACUACAAUUUUCUUGCACAAUUUGCAGCUUUCACGCAGUGUGUGUCAGAGACCGAAGGUGCAGGAAGUGUACGAAUGUGAACCCCUUAUUUGAGGAGCCCCAAUAAGUGGUGGAUGAAUAUUUUGAAAAGGAAUCAAAGUUGGUUCGUGCUUUAAAGGGAAACGAACACCAUCCUGACAUGAGAGACUGAGGAACAUGACCAUUUUAACAUGGCAAGAAAAGGAGUCAAAGCAUUCGGGUUCAUGCUUGAAAAGGAGACGAACACUAUCCUGACAUGAGAGACUGUGGACCAUGACCAUUUUAACUUGGCAACCUUGUUCUAUAUACAUGAUCGUUGCUAGAAUUAAUAAAUUUCAGGUAUUUGAAAUGUUUUGUGUGCAUCUACUACUGUAUAUAUGUUCUAACAUGAUUUUGUUGAUAGACACUACUUGCUAGCUCCUUUUCUAGACCCUAUUUGAUAACCUCACAAUAUGGUGUUGUGGGACUUAUAUUAAUUUUGACAUAAAAGGCUCAGUGCCUUGUUUGAUUGUCUAAAACAAUAAGCUUCAAACUCUAGAUAAGGGCCCAAUUUCUGUAUCCCACAAAAUUCAAGUCCCUCUUGAAUGACUCCGAAAACUCCUAUCUUGUGGCAUAUUGUUUUUCUUUCAUUUAAUUGAACGGGAUCCAGUAUUGCCACUCCCUCUGUCUCCCUCAGAGAGGCUCU